AUGGAAAGUAAUAAGGACGAUGUACCAGAGAGAGAAAAAUCACCAGUUCAGGAAGAAAUUGUGGAAACCACUGCUCCUGAAUCUGUUGGUGAGGUAGUGUUGGACGAAGAAAACGACGAUGAAUACGAAUGUAAUAUUAGUAGUCAGUUUGAUCAAACACUCCUUUUUGAUCUCUAUCAGCCUAUAGAAACGGAUGAUUUUCGCUUACUCUGUAAAAUAUGUCUCCAAUUAGGAAAGCAAAUGCUUUUCGAUGAUAAACAACAAUAUGCAUCUCAUCGCUAUAAAGUUCAUGGCUCUUAUAAUAAUAGUGUUGCUUGUCCCAUGUUGGGAUGCCGUGAAGUAUAUGCGUCUUUAAUUAUUUUGAGAAAACAUUUGAUGAGUGAACAUAAGCUACCAUUAGAAACACAUCACCAAAUCUUUCCAAACAUGGGCGAGUUUGAAAGAUGGCGUCAACUCGUGGAACUUGCAUCCAAUUGUAGAUAUAUGAUGCAUACUAAACAACCUCAUUACAAACGACAAGUGAUGCAUUGUUCGAGGAGUGAGCACAAGAUGGUCCUACAGUCUAAAAAACAUCGUCUACCUCGCUUGCGGAUGCUGAAAGAAGGGUCUUGUUGUCCAGCGUUUGUUUCUUUCAGAAUAGAAGAGAAAACGGGCCGCGUACACUGUUUCUACCAGCUCGUGCAUGUCGGGCAUGCAACUCAGGAUGACACAGAAGAGACCAACGAUUCCAAUCAGCAGUCUACUUCCUACAGCGAAAGAACUGUUGGUCGACUGCCAUCUCUUCAUUUUCCUGAAAAGCCAACUUACAUCGGAGAGCGUGCUAUGCAAUACCUGCAGAUUGAUCUGAUUGACAUGGAUAGUACUGUAUAUGCAACUGUUGUUUAUUCUAAUGUGUUAAUGGUUACUGAUUUGUAUACUGGCUAUAUGUGGGCAAAGCCCUUGCCUGGAUCAGCCCAAAAACAGUUGAUUCUAAGAAUCCUUUCUGAUUUAUUCUGUCAAUUCGGAGCUCCAGAGGGAUUUUCAUGUUCUGCUAGCCAUUCCCAACGCAUGAUAAGAGAAGCUAUGAAUGCGAUUGGAGAUGUGUUCCGUGCCGAAAUUCGCGAAGUUUUCAAUGAGAUGCCUGAUUAUGAAUGGCUUAGAAAUAGCCUUCUUAGCCAAGCUUCAGAAGAGUUGAAGUCUCCCAACCGUUGGGUUGAAGUUUUGCCAUUUACUAUUAUGUCUAUCAACCAAUCAGGACAGAGGAGCUCUUUCGAAAGAAUGUUCAAUAGAAAACCGUUCGGAGAUACAUUCCCACCUUGGCUUAAUGAGAGUGAAGCAUACUUCGAGGACAGUGAUCAGUUUGAAUCGGAGAUCCAGCAUCAAGUAUCAGCUAGAUAUCAAGUUGGAGACAAAGUUUAUUUGAGAAAUUUAAACUCAAGACCUGGAAGAGGAAAUACAUCUCCUUACUUAUAUGGUUACAUUGGCGAAGUAGAUUGGAAAGAUAGCCCCCACUUUCCAUAUAAAGUUCACUAUUCCAAAAGUAGUGAACCUUGGCCUCAUGAAGUCAACGUGUUCACAUGGGUCACUCCGUAUGAUGUUCUUCCCACCAGUCAUGACUUGAUGCUCAUCAGAGAUGAAGAUCGCAGACGUGUGAUGUCCACUUUACUCUGUACUUGUCAAGAUAAGUCGGACACGGGAGAAACUUGUCAACUUUUCCGGAAUCAUGCUUGUAUGAACGCAAUGUCUAGAGUUUGCUGUCUUGCUAGUGGAUACGAGUGUGGAUAUCAUGAUCUCGUCCGUGGAGAAGAAAGCUAUAUAAAAACUCAAACGAUCUCACGAUAUUAUGCAUCUAAUUGUAGCCCAGCAGAAAAGAAAAAACUGGGGGAAAUAAUAAGGACUCGGUUCGCUAAAGCUAGUCCCACGAACGACGGUGGCAAUGCUUCCACUGAGGAUUCUAAUGUUGAACCCAUAGAUGUGGGAGAAAAUGGUGAAGUUACUAGUUUAGUUCGUCCUUCCAUAUUGAGAAGUCGAAAAAGACCUACUAGAUCAGCUAGCCGAAUAAUUGUACAUACUAAUGAUACUGAACCUGAGCAGCAUGGAUCUUAUAGAGAUCCCCGACAUCGCGUUCAGAUUAUAACGGACGGAGAGCAGGCACCUCCCAGGGUUAAAAGAGUUCAGGUUAAGCGUCGACGAUUGAGUGAUCAGUUGAAUGAUCUAACUGCGAAUAUAACAUUUGAAGUUCAGGGAGACAUACAUAGUCCAAAAGAAGAACCAGUAGAACAAGUGGAAGUACUGCAGAUCAGAAGAUCAGCUCGCCCGAUCAAAAUCAAAUCGCUGGGGAAGCUCCUUGUUUUGAGAGACAAGUUUGACUCUGUAGGAGAAUGUCUCUCACGAAUGGUUCAUUCAGCGGGGGUUGUCCAGAACAAAAUCCAUGGCUUAUCAGAAAAAGAAACCGUCGAUGCCAUAAACACUCUAGUGGCUGAAAUCAAAAUCGACCCUGUUGUUAGUGGUUUAGUUUGUUUACUAAUGUCCGAACCGGAACAAUUUAAUAAGUAUUUCCAUUUACUUGCUGCCGUUGGUGAAUGGUUUCCCGUACUUUGUGUUGUAAAUAUGGUUAUCAUAGAGGGAUAUCAUAAGUUGCAAGAUCACUGUAAAGCUGGUCUUGUCAACUUUUUUAGAGAAACUAUCAGAUUAAAUGUUCCUAAGAUUGAAAAUGUUGUUAUGAAUCAGCUAAGAACAUUCAAUGGAACUGGGGAUUGGGAAAGCAAAAUCCGUUUUUCCUAUAUGAUGGGAAAACUUCUUCAAGAGAAUGAACAGUGGCUGCUGUCGGUUAAACCUGGCUCUUACAUAUUUUCAAUGAUUUUAAGUACUUUUGGUCACUUAAUUGCUGAUAUCUCAACUCAAAAAGACGCUGUUCGUCAAACUUUGAUUCAUGUGUGUGUGUUUAUUAUCCGAAAUCGUAUUAAUGAUGCUUGUAUGUUGGGUAGGGAUUUGAUCCUCAUCUUGAUGCGUCUUUCGAAAGUUCCGCAAUUUGCUCAAAUUUGGAAAGAAAUGAUCAAUACGCCGAAAACUUUGCAUAUUAACAGUCUCGAGGAUAUAAUGUUCCGGACUAAUCAAUUAUAUCAUUCAUCUCUUCGCUUAUCACCUGAACUGACUAAAAAAGUAGACUUCAUAUUGUGGCAGGUCAAACCAAAUAUUCAAUAUAAGCAUUUUGAAUGGCUUACGUCUGCACAUUUAUCCGGCCCAGACUCAGCUAGUUUACGAGCGGAGAUGAUUCGUUAUACACUUUAUUCGGUAAAAGAUAAUAUGCCUCCUCAGUUCUGUGAUGCCAAAAUCCAUUUCUUGCAAUAUUUGUUAGGAAAUGCACAGACGGGAUAUGAACUUCAGUGGUGUAAAACAGCUCUUUGGAUUGAUUGGAUCCUAUAUGAUUCAAACUGCCCCCUCUCCAUCAUUGAACCUGUGCUCGCCUUAGUUCGUUUCACUCUGAGUGCUCAAGCCGUGAAAGCAAAUUCUUUGAUGGAGUACGCUUGCAAGACGGUCAAUGUUCUUCAUCCUCCCAUGAAAGAGCAAAUCAAACGUGCUAUCAAUCAAGCGAUGAGGAUUGUUGCUGAUUUUUAUGCUUCUACAAAUCAGCACAUUUCUAACAUUCUGGAAAAUGUACGGUUGGAUAAACCAGUGAGGGAGCAAAUACGAGAAGUAUGGAAAGAUUUUGUUCGAGCUCCCGUUACCCCAACUAUCAACAGUUCGCCAGUCACGGUUCCUCCCACAACCGCUCCUAUACCCAUACCUUCAACUGCUACUCCACCUGUUCAAACUCCUCUCGUGGUGGAGAAAGAAAAGAUUAGAACUGAAUCGAGAGAAGAAAAAAUUGAGACUGAAGUUAUUGAAAGAAAAUCUCCUAGUCCUUUAUUAGGGAGUUCGACUGCAAGGGCACUAAACAAGGAGGAGGUUGAGAAAGAGGUUGAGGCAAAUUACCAAUUACUACGUGAAGAUCUGAAACCUAUGAUAGGCAUUCUCAGGGAGGCUUUCCAGUCUCAAGAGGCGGAUGAAAGUGAGAAGAGUGAAGCGGUUCAACGAUUUCUUAGUCGGUUACUCGAAUUUGAGGACGGGGUUGAUGAAGAACAAUUAGAAGUUAUGGGUCAUUGUGUGCUAGGAAUUUUGGGAAGGCCUCAGGAUUGGGGUCGUUUUGUUUAUCCGGAGAUAGUUACUGAUUCAGUUCUACAAGAAUCAUUUAAUCAUCCUCUCUACAUCAUAUUCAGGAACUUCUGUUUCACUCCGGCUAUUGAUGGUUCAACGCGAUCAGUAAUGAUAUCUCUCAUUGCUGCAAUGAGGGAUAAGGAUAACACCAUCACUUACGUGUUCUUGUAUUUCAUGAAGGCUGGUGUUCAAAGUUUCACAGAAACAGUAUUGUGCUAUGAUGAGAUUGCUAGAGCAUGCGGGAAAGAUGUUGGGGAAAUGCUUGCAGAAGAUCUUCAACAAUGUGCACUAGAUGAUGAUCGCCUUUUUGCCUAUUUAUUGCCUUUCGUAUUCAGAUCAUUCUCCGGAAAUGCCCACUCCACGCCUGAUGUGUUCAAGACCAUAUGUCAUUUCCUCGACUCAACUCAGCUGAACGAUUUAGUAGGAGCCAUAAUAAGAGAAAACUGCCAACUCUUCCGCAAAGAUAAUUUCCCUUCUCUGGUUACGGCUUCGUUCACCUGGGAGACAACUGCUCAGUGGAUAUUUUGGCAAUUAGUUCAUGCGGAAGGCGUUCCAAUUGAUUGGGUGAGCACUUUGUUGCCUAAAAUCGACAGUAUAAAGAAUGGAGAAGGCGCUACUAAUAUAUUGUUAAUGUUAAAGCGGAUGGAUCGCGAACCAACCACAGGUUUAAUAAGACAAAUUUUGUCGAGGCAGCCAAUACUUGAAGAUACAUUUACUUCAAAUGCUUUAAAAGUGCUGAUUGAUGAUGGUGAGAUGUGCACGAAAGUAGCAGAAAUUGUAGGAGCAAUACUGAAAAAACAAAUCGCUUCCGGUGAUAUCAUGACAGUAUCAGUGGCUAAGGGCCAAGGAAAGAAGACCACGCCUAAACUUUCCAUGGAACAAGUUCUGAGUCACAUCGAGAACUUCAUACAGCUUUGUCUGAACAAAGAUAAGAAAAGCACGGAGAAUUUACUGUCAAAGAAUUAUGUACAGGAUGCAUUCCAAGCAAUCAAAGCCAAUGAGAAAACCACCUUCUUGCGGUCCAAGUACAUGCAACUUUUCGCUGUUAUUGAGAUAUUGGGAGAAGACAAUCAUGGGGUCUCACGAACAUUACGAGGAAAUAGAUCUGGAACUGCGGGAAAACAAACGAAGAAAAAAGAAGAAGAAGUGGAUGAAUCCACACCUACUAAAAAGAAGAAGCCGCGCGUGAUUCACUUGGAUUCUGAUAGUGAUUGA